CUCACGUAUUGAUCAAACAAUCUUCCACAAUAUUUGCAGCGAACGUUCUUGGACCCAGCCUGGUUUUUUGGACUACGUGAUUCAAUCCACGUGAGGUUUAGUGACCAACGUGCAUUUAUGAGUCGAAAUGAGAAUGUUCGAGUCCAUCCUUUCCUCAAUACCAAAGUAUCGUUCUUCAAUGGUAAAUGAGUUGGAUAUACCUGACGAUAUAACCGUGUCCCCGUACUGGACAGAGCCGGACUCUUUGACGGUCAGGAGCGACAGCAUACUGUCAUCUAACACUGACGAAUACGAGAUCAGUACAGUCAGCACCGACUCAAGCAUACCAUUGUCCAGAGCGAUGACUGACUCGGAGAUCGAUUACGAACUAUACAGACGGUACAAAAACAGAAGCUUCAGUGAUCCGUGGGCUGAGUUGAAGGCUGCAAAUGCUGCAUUUCCACCUAGAUAUCUAUCAUCGCUUUAUAGUUUUCAGCCAUCAUUAUCGUUGGAUACUUUAGCGGAAGCUGCGGAGGAGCGCGUCCGUCGCUACAACGAGGAGUUACAGCUGAAGAUGGAGAGGUUCUUCGACGAUGAAUGUCGGGUGUUCACUCCAGAUGACCCUGGAUUGUUGGCGUUGGAACGGGCAUUAGACAAUUUAGAUUUGAAGUUUCUGGAUUCAGAUUUGGACAGCAUCACGCCAUGAACGAGAAUUGAAAAAAAACAUAUCUAUUUCUCUUAUCAUAAGAUGUAGUGAAGAACAAAGUAAAUACUCGUAUUUUAGUGGAUUUCCUAGUUACAAGCUAUCAGACAAACCCGCCAGCCAUUACCGUUACUGUAACUCCUGUAUAGCUACUGUAAAAAUGACUAGGGGUAGUCGACAUUACAAAAAAAAUACGUAGAUGAUAUUCAUAUUUCUUUAUAAAUAUAUUUAUGGUAUUUAGUGGUAGAAAAUAAGUCUUUGCUCAUGUAUCUUCCAUUUAUUUCUCCUUCUUUAUUCUAUUGUUUAGGUUCUAUUACCUUAUUUUGUUUUUCCCUAUUACUUUCUCACUAUCUCGCACACAUCUAUGUUUCUCUUUCACGCAACGUUCCAAUUCAAGCAUUCGAAAUUUCUCAUUCGAUUUUUUAUCGU